AUGGACCUGACGCUUGACUAUGGAACCGUCGCGGUUUCAUUCCCAAACGGAACGGUUGUUGCCGUCGCCAGAGUCGAAGGAAGUUGGUUAUUCGCCGUCUUCUCCAUCCUGAUGCUCCACACACUCAAAGCAUCAGCGGAAGCCUUUUUGGAUGGCAAUACCAGGGUGACUGCCGCUGGAAUUACGGUGCCUCGUUCCUUGUCUUCUCUAGACUCGUACUACGAACAGGUCCUCCGCAAAGCAGCGGAAAACGUCGGCCUGGAGGCGAGACCGGCCUUUGACAUGGCAGCAGAAAUUGCAAGCUACAUGUACUCAAAGGGAUUGGAUAUAUCACCACUACUACUAGACGACCAAGUUGCCGUGCUGGCGGUCGACUACAGUCGUCAAUCGUUUAUGGCGGUUCUCUUUCUCGUCGACGAAUUUGGGUUACUUAAAACAGUCCGCAUCGACCAGAGCUUUGACCUGGGUCAUCAUUUUCUUCGUCCAGGGCCAGAGCACUGGACAGAGAUCCGUCAGCGUCUGCAAACGGUCGUUUCUCAAACAACCGAAAUCUCGCAGCUGAUACUUCUCGGCGAUAGAGCGAAGAACCAGACAUUCAUCAGGACGGUGCAAGAAGCGUUAGCAGGAUAUUACACUGCCCAGAAUGAUGGGCUGCAGGGGAAUCAGGAAUCCGAGGACUUUGAUCCCGUCUUCAUAGCUGCGAAAGAGGCGGCACGUCUGUCUGCCAGGCUUUUGGACCACGAUUGGGGGUUGUCGUCCUCCGUACUACUUUUUCCCGCCUAG